AUGCGGAAUUGGUUUAUCAUUUUCCUGAUCUUAAGUAUUUCCAUCAACACACAUCUAACAAGAGCUAAAACGACAACUGCACCUAGACUGAAGAAUGAUCGCGCAAUUGCUCCAAAUCUAGAAAUCGAUGAUGGAAGUGGACGAACAAGGCGCAGUUGCGGUGGUGGUGGAGCAGGUUGUGGUGGUAGUUGUGGGUGCGGAUGCGGAUGCGGAUGCGGAUGUGGAUGUGGUUGCUGCCAGCGAUCAUGUUGUAACUCAUGUACCACUUGUACCACAGUUACAACUUGUUGCAAAACAUGUUGUCAACAGUGUAAUCAAUCGUGUUGCGGAUGUGGUGGAUGUGGCGGAGGAAGUUGCGGUAACGACGGAUGCGGUAGUGGUCAUAGGCGUAAAAAGCGAAAUAUCAUGGAGCUUCUAGGAGGACAUUUGCUACGUGACAAACGCUCACCGAAGAAUAACCGUAGGCGUGCUACUGAUGGUGUACCAAUCAAGAAAACAUUUAAGGAUUGCUGCUGCUAA